AUGCUCGUAUCAGUAUCAGUCGGUGUUUCCUUGAUAUAUCCUACAGUCUUCCAAUCAGACUUUCCUGCUGCUGGUCUCAGCGGAUUGCCUCAUCAUGUCUGGGCUUCGACAAGAGCGUUUCCGGGCGAUGCAGAUAAGCCUCACGAUCUUGAGAUGCGUCAAAUCUGGAUUCAUGGGAGUUACAUGAAAGCACUUGAGAAAGACCUGCUUCGGGACGUCUUUGUAUUGCAGAACGCCAUCCUUGGUGAAACCUCGCAGGCUGUUGUUCCAAGCACACAUGGAGAUGCGCAUCCGAAUUGGGGGUAUCACUCACCACUCACAUACUGGAACAACUCUCUAGCUCGCUUGGAAGCAGAUCCGGAUAUCUUGUUGACUGUCAACGAGAACACAUGUCAACCUUCCUUUUUGAAUUUCACCCUCCGGCCCCUCUCCGUGUUUGCAGGCAAAGCCUUCUCUGGCUCACAACUCGAAGCAGCGGAUGCAUUGGUAAUAUCCCUGUUCAACCGUAACAAUGAUCCAAAGGGUGAGAUCUGGCAAAGAAACAUCAACAUUGUUGCUAGCCAGUCUUCUGGUCUACCAUUACAGUACGAGCGGAACGGAACACCUGAACACAGCCAAUUAUUCGAGUACCGCAUCCAGCCACUCAGCUUUCGCCAAAAUUCGCUUCUGGCUAUGGCAUAUGGCAUAAUAUUUAUUUAUGUUGGCUUGAGUCUGAGGAGAUUGAAGGCUUUCCACAGUCGCUUUGGUCUGGUGGUUACUGCGAUCACACAGAUAACGACCUCUAUUCUGGCGAGUUUCACCAUUUGUGGACUGCUGCAAAUCAAUCUUGCUCAGAUACCUCAGGAAGCUUACCCAUUUGUGGUAUUGGUCAUUGGACUCGAGAAUAUCUUCAGACUCAUCAACGCCGUUGUAGCGUACCCUCCAGAGAUGAUGAACACACAACGUAUUGCCAACGGAAUGGCCGACAUUGGGCACUCUUCAUUAGCUUCGGCAGCACAAAAUCUGCUUAUCCUAUGGCUGCUUUCACUUGUCGUAUCCCCAGGUGUGGCAGCAUUCUGUGCUUUUGCUGCCGUCGCACUUCUUUUCGACUAUUUCUUCCUCCUUACAUUCUUCCUGGCUGUAUUGAGUGUCGACAUUCGAAGACUGGAGUUGCAGGAUUCCAUCACGAGGAGCAGUGCUCAACCAAAGCANAAGUCGAGACCGAAACAUCAUCGCACUCAUAGUCACCAUCAUCCUCAUCGGUCCGAAAAGCAUACAUGGAUUGAUGCUUUGAUACACGGCAGAGUGCCUUUUUCUACACGAAUGGCAGGAUCUGCAGUAACGAUUAGUUUCGUCAUGGCUUUGAACUGGCAUCUCACUGCUCAUGGUCCACGCACUUCCGCGUCUGGUGUGUUUCCUGGACUCUUCGAGAAGCAAGCCUUGCCGAUCACUGCAUUUGACGGAACAUCGCCUCCACCUACGAAUCAAAGUCGACAUCCUGCAACUUGGCUACGAACACAAGAUUACGAGAAUGCUGUACACUUUAUGAAAGUUGUCAGGCCUGGAGGUCAAGGGUUCGUUGCCAAGAUCUAUGAUCCGCUCAUAAUCACUCUUGGAGGCGCUGAUAGAAGUGGCAUUCUUCUCCGCAGAGAGACUUGGUUGCACUCUCUCCGUGGCGUUGCUAUACAGCAUUUUUACCCGACGGCCAUAACUGUUGUCUUCGUUGUGGCCUUCGUCACAGUUCUCAUGAACUUCCUCUUGUGGGAUGAAAGAGCCGAAGAUGCAGAGUACGAGAACGGAGGAGACAAUCUUCCAUUGACAGUACACGCGAUCGAGACUGGCCACAUGCUAGACGUCGUCAAGAUGACUGGAAGUCGACAAGGGCAUAUGCUGUCCGUCGGUCUGGAUCGUACGAUUUCUAUCCUGUUGUUCAAGCCAGUCAGCAAUUCUUACACAACCAUACAUCCGUCGUCAGAACAGUGUAGGCAGAUUAAAUGGCCUAUACGUGCAUGCAGCAUCAGUGAUAAGGGAGAUUGGAUGGCCAUUCUGGGCGACGAUGGUCGGGUCUUGCUAGGCAGCUUGUCGAGAGGCGAGUUCACACACAACUUUGAGAUCGACAGUGAAGAAAAGCUGCCACUCCUGUUCGAGUUUGUCCCGUCUCUAUCAACACCCAACGGCCAAGGAGUUUCAUUCGCUGUCGUCUCCGCCGAUGGACGACUGACAGAGUAUCACACGCACAACAACUCGAUACAGACGUUCCGAGUUUCUGAGGGAGAGCUACUGGCUGCCUCAUUCAGCUUGGCUCAACGACAUCUAUCAAAGAUCAUACUCUUGCAUCCAGAUGGACAUAUUUCAGCACUACAAAAAGCGUCGGGUAUGUGGAGCUUCAAGGAACUGCCUCUUGGUUAUCCUCGCCCACUAUCAGAUAAAGCAGCCAGCGCGAACGCAUGUCUACACACCAUCGACGAAGUAGAGGCAUCGCUGAUCUGCACAACAAACACCAUAACCCUACUCCACACACCCACCGUGCGACAAUCUGGCUCCUUCAACAUCCCAAAUGUUAAACCUAACAGCGUGCGCGUAUUACAUACAGGCAGAGAUCAAUGCCUUAGUUGCGGUGGCAUGACAGCCGAAAGCCUUUCUCUAGUCUUCACAGACAUUGAAACACGAGAAUGCGUUGUCCGCACCUACGCCGCUCAAGGCGAGCCCUUUAAGCCCCUGGGUCUCUUCACCGAAGAUCUCGUCUGCAACUGCGCUGCUAAAUUCCAUUGGGAGAAGAAUGAGCACAGAUUGUUGGAGGCCGGGUCUUGGGAGUCGACUACAGAAGCUGUGGUGGGGUUAAGGAGGAAACCACAGACUCCUCCGUCUUCUCCUGUUGUGUUGCCGAGGGAUGGAGGGAAUUUGUUGAGGAGAAGGAGAAGAGGUACUGGUGCUAGCGAGGGAGAAGGAGAUGAGAGUGAGCAGUGGGAAGCGUAUCUGUAUUCUGCGUCUGGCGAGUUGCAUACGGUGCCCAUUGAUAUGCCUGGGGAAAACCAGCUGUAUGCGACGAGGGCUGGUCCGGCGUGUCAGCUUGGCUAUCGGUCUGUGGCCAUUGUGUUGGGAAGCACGGUGUAUGUGGUCAAGGUGUGGGAUAAUUGGGCAGACAAGGGUGCCAAAGGAGUUUCGGAAGGAGGAUCACAGCCACUGCUCUCACGAAGACGGUGGACUAGAAAGGCACAGUAG